CUCUUCCUCUUCCAGAGCUGGUUCAUUUCCUAUAGGGACUGAAAACCAAGUGAGGAGAUGAAGGAUUGCACUGUACAACACCAGAGAAUACAGACAUCUCAAAUAGAUCCUGAUCAUCACCAAAGGAACAACUGCACAACUGUGGGAAGAUAUCCAGGCCCUUCACAGCAUUGCUCAACACAGAGAAGGUUCGGCAGCGAAACCAUCAUCUGAAAAUCAGUCGAGUCAGGGGAGCUUUGACAUAUCAUCAGAUCUGAAAUUGGUCAGCAGUUCCACUGGAACCAGCCUUUCUGAAGGUUCGCCUGUAACUGAUUGGUCAGGGUGAAACUUGGAAGAAGUGUGAGUUUCUCCCAGUGUAGUAUGAGCUUCAAUCAUUCAUCAAGACUCGUGAACCGCUGACUCAUUCCUACAGGGAAGAAGUCAUUCAAGUGUGAGUCCCGAUAGGAAGUGAACCAGCUCUGGAAGAGGAAGAGGAGAGAAUGGGCAGAGUGGGUGGGCUCUCUGAUUGACGUCUCUCACAGCCAAUCCAAAUAUUUCUGCAGCAACACGAGUUUCCUGAAGCUUGUGAAACUGACCAGUGAAAUGGAGAUGACUUUGAGCAGCAGAUCAGACAUUUCAUCACCUUGCUUGGUGACAUCAUCAGUGGACCCUCCAAUGAAGCAACAUUAUUCUGUUCCGCUUGGAAUUUAUACUGUCUGGUCCGUUAUGAAGGAUUUCCCUGUACAACACCAGAGAGUUCAGAGAGGACAGACAACCCAGAUAGAUUCUGACAAUCAAUUAAGGAACAACUGCUUAAGUGUGGGAAGAUAUCCAGUCCUAUCGCAGCAUUGCUCAACACUGGAGAGUGAAAUCAUUAUGUGGAAAUCAGUUGCGUGAGGGGAGCUUUAGCAUAUCACCUGAUCUGAAAAUUAGUGGUGUGGACCCUAACCUUCCCAAAUGUUUAUCUGUGGGUAACCGGUCAGGGUGAGGCUGGAAAAGAAGUGUGAUUGGUUUCUAAGAGCAGUGAGAGCUUCAAUCAUCAUUGAGUCUCAUGACCCAGUGAUUCAUCCCUGCAGGCUGUUCAGGUGUGAGGUGUUGGAGGAGAAUUCUGCGGGCUCAUAGGAUAAGGUGCAUCUGUUAGAAACACUGUUAACACACAGACAGCUACAUGGAAGAGAGACCGUUUAAGUGUGAGGUUUGUGACCGAGCUUUUACCAAGUCAUCGAUGCUUGUGAAUCACCAACGCAUUCACACAGGGGAGAAACCAUUUAUAUGUAAAGAGUGUAGCAAAUCAUUCUCAGAUUCAUCAACCCUAUGCAAACACCUACGCAUUCACACUGGGGAAAAGCCAUUCACGUGCAAAAUGUGUAAAAAAUCAUUUUUGACAGCAUCAACCCUUCAUAAACACCAACGCAUUCACACUCAGGAGAGACCAUUCAUAUGUAAGGUAUGUGACAAAGCAUUCUCAUGGUCAGAGAAUCUCUGGAGACACCAACGCAUCCACACUGGGGAGAAACUGUUUAAGUGUGAGGUGUGUGACAAAUCAUUCUCUGACUCAUCAAGACUCCUACUACAUCAGAGGAUUCAUACAGGUGAGAAACCAUUCAUGUGCAAGGUGUGUGGCAAAUCAUUCUCAGUAUCAUCGCGCCUCCAAGUACACCAACGCAUACACACAGGAGAGAAGCCAUUCACAUGUGAGGUGUGCAACAAAGCAUUCUCAAAUUCGUCGCAUCUUCGCAUACACCAACGCAUUCACACAGGGGAGAAACCAUUUACAUGCGAGGUGUGCAAUAAAUCAUUCUCAUCUUCAUCGGAGCUCCGUGUACACCAGCGAAUUCACACAGGGGAGAAACCAUUUAUGUGUGAGGUGUGCAACAAAUCUUUCUCCCAGUCAGAGAACCUCCGCACGCACAAACGCAUUCACACAGGGGAGAAACCAUUCAGGUGUGAGGCGUGCAACAAAUCAUUCUCACAGUUAGGGAACCUCCGCACACACCAACGGAUUCACACAGGGGAGAAACUAUUCAAGUGUGAAGUGUGUGACAAAUCAUUCGCCGACUCAUCAAGACUCUUGCUCCAUCAGAGGAGUCACACAGGGGAGAAACCAUUCACAUGUGAUGUAUGUAACAAAGCAUUCUCGGUAUUAUCAACCCUCCACAAACAUCGACAUAUUCACAUGGUACAGAAACCAUUCAGGUGCAACAUGUGUGACAAAUUAUUCUCAGAUUCAUCGUACUUGCACAGACACCAACGUGUUCACACAGGGGAGAAACCAUUCACGUGUGAUAUAUGUUACAAAUCGUUUUCAAGGUCAUGUAACCUGCUAUUACACCAGAGGAUUCAUACAGGGACAAAACCAUUUAUUUGUGAAGUAUGUGGUAAAUCAUUUUCAUCGUCAUCAAACCUCCGUGUACACAAACGCACCCACACAGGGGAGAAACCAUUUAUGUGUAAGGUGUGUGACAAAUCAUUCUCUGAGUCAGGGAUCCUCCAUAAACACCAACGUAUUCACACAGGGGAGAAACCAUUCAUCUGUAAGAUAUGUGACAAAUCAUUCUCACGAUCAGAUAGUCUCCGCAGACACCAACGCAUUCACAUGGGAGAAACCAUUCAUGCAUGAUAUAUGCAGAAAAUUAGUCUUGAGCUCAUAGGACCAUCUGGUCCUGCAGACGAUUCAUACAGGGACGUAACUAUGCAAAUAUAAGGUUUGUGAUCAACCACCACAGGAUUUACAGAGGGAGAAAUUCUUCAGGUGCGAUGUUUGUGACAAACCUUUUGAAUGACUAACGCACCUCCUGGUCUAUCAACACAGUCAUAACAGGGAGAAACCAUCAUGGCGUGAGGUCUGUAAGAAAGCUGUCACACAGAUGGUGGAUCUCCUAGUACAUCAUAUGAGGACUGCCUGACAAAGUUCUGCACAGCCUGUCCUCAUAGAGUGAACUGUGAACACAGACUCAGUGGGACUGGGACACAGAAGCAGCUUUCACCAGUGCUGAGGGAUUAUGACGUCAACAAUGGAGCCACCCUGCAGUGUGAUGUCAGUGACACAGACUUGGACUAAUCCCCCAUGCAGUGAGGGCAACCCGUUGUGUUUGUAUCCAGACAGUCAAUACAAACUGAACAACAAUGCACAGACUGAGAAAGAUAAAUGGGAUAUUGUUAUUGCUUGUGAACUUUUCAACUAGUGCCUGUCGGUGGAGUCUAACCACAAUCAAGUUCAAAACAUCUUUCUCAACUACCCCAGCAAAGCAUUUGCAAAGGAUGUGAUUUUGCUUUCAGAGAUAUCAGUUCGAAGUGAUGUACAAGCAAGGGAAGAAGAUAAACCUCACUGACAUUUUGCUGAGAGCUACACUCUCUGUGAAGGAAGUUGAUGAUUGUAGAGUGUGAAAUCUUCUUAGGGAUGGUCAGUGUUGCUUUGUAUGUGAGAAACAGUGUCUCUCAAUCCCUGAUUGUGUUUUUUGAUGAUGUGAUCAAGAAGAUAGACGAGGGGGGCAGAGGGCAGCAAGGUCUUUGACAAGGUUCUGCAUGGUAGACUAGUUAGUAAAGUUAGAUCACAUGGGAUUCAGGGAGAGCUUGCCAUUUGAAUACAAAAUUGGCUUAACAGAGGGUGGUGGUGGUGGGGUUUUUUUGAAUUGGAGGCCUGUGACCAAUGAUAUUCAGCAGGAUUCAGUGCUGGGUCCACUGUUAUUCAUCGUUUAUAUAGAUGAUUUGGAUCAGAAUUUAGGAAGCAUGGUUAGUAUGCUUGUGGAUGACACCAAAAUUAGUGGUAUAGUUGACAGUGAAGAAAGUAUUGUAAGAGUACAAAGGGAUAUUGAUCAAUUGGGCCGAAAGAUCGGGGAGUGGCAGAUGGAGUUUAAUUUAGGUAAAUGAAGAUGAAGCAUUUUGGUAAGACGAACAAGGUCAGAACUUACACAGUUGUGUUGAACAGAGAGAACUAGGGAUUCAGGUGCACAGUUCCUUGAAAGUUGUAACACAGGUAUAUGGGUGGUAAAGGCAACAUUUGGCACACGCCCUCAUUGCUCAGACUGUUGAGUAUAGGAGUUGGGACAUUGCGACUGUCGUGUUUUUACAGGAUGUUAGUUAGACAACUUUUGAAGUACCGUGUGCAGUACGAAGGGUACUAUUAAAUUGGAGAGGGCACAGAAAAGAAUCAGAAGAAUGUUACCAGGACUGGAGAGUUUGAGUUAUAAGGAGAGGCUGGAUGGGCUGGGAUUUUGUUCAUUGAAGCAUAUGAGGUUGAGGGGUGACCUUAUGGAGGUUUAUAAAAUCAUAAGGUGAAUAGCAAAGGUCUUGUCCAUCAGGUAGCGAAAUUCCAAACUUCAGAGCAUAAAUUUAAAGUGAGAGAAGAAAGAUUUAAAAGGGAUCUGAAGAGCAACAUUUUCACACAAAGGAUGGCUUAUAUGUGGAAUGAAUUGCCAGAGGAAGUGGCGGAUGCAAGUACAGUUACAACAUUUAAAAGAAUUUGGACAGGUCAAUGAUUAGCAAAAGUUUAGAGGGAUAUAGGCCAAACACAGGCAAAUGGGACUUGUUUAAUUUAGGAAACCUGGUUGGUAUGAACGAGUUGAACCAACGGGUCUGUUUUCCUGCUGUAUGACUCUGUGACAAUGACUCUACUCAACUAGAAGAAACAGCAUGAUCUUGACUCAGCUUUCUAGUUUGUUGGAGGCAAUGACACCAUGGAAAUUGCUCAUGCUCAGGAAACUUGAAUUUCUGACAGGCCUUUGCUUGGCUCUGAAAAUUUCUCCAACCCUGAGUUAGAGUCCGAGACUUCAGACAGUUCCAACUACUCACCUGAAUAAUUACCCAGGAAAUGGUGGACAAGUGAGGAAACAAAUCUAACUCCUAAUAUCUUACAACUGCAACCCCAGUCACUAACAUUGACCUCCCACUCUUCCUGCUGACCACUUGACGGCUACCCUUGCACUCACCUUCCCAACCCAUUGAACCUGAUCACAUUACAUGACCUGCCUUGAUUAGCCUAAACCUAAACUGUUAACCUGACAAUUCCCCAACACACCUAACUGUUUACACACCUCACACCUACCAUCCUUCCCAUCGUCCACUGUACGAGAUUACCUCACUAACGCUGCCCACUUUCCCACCUUACCUCCGAUCUAGUUGUCUGUUUACUAAUGUUCACAUUGGACAUUUAUCUAUGGUGACUAGUGCUGUAAACAGGACAUAUGUCUUCACUAAUUGUGUUCACUGCUCUGAGUAUGGAUUCCUGCACUAAUGGAGUUUAUUUGAUGCUGCAUCAGAUGUUUGGCCAGAAAGUCAUGUCCGGGUAAAUGGGUAGUUUUCUAUCUGAUUAGCAUCAGACUCAGGUUUUCUGAUUCUGAAUGGAAAAAUUUGAAUGAAUUUGACACACAUCUUGCUAAAUCAAGCAGACUAUCCAAAAAGGUGCAACUCUUCAAACAUAACAGGAGGUUGUGAUUAAUAAUGGUCUGAAACUAUCAAGGACACUCCUAUUACUGUAAGAGCAUUGGACAAAGAUAAGGUGAUUGUCCAACAUGGCAUCCUGUUUAAAGGGAGCAGGGUCAUUAUCUGUAAAGAGAUGCUGAAACACAUUCCACACAAUUCAUCAAGGAAUUGAGUCUAGUCUAAGGAAGGAACAGAAGUAUCCUAUUGUCCACUGAAUGAAGGACAACAUCAGCCAGUGCAGUGUUUGUAAUCAACAAGAAACUAAUCAAGGUAAAGAGCUCCCAGAAGCCCAUGGAUGAAGCUUGGAGUACAGAUCUUCAUGUCACUGGAACUGACUUUUUCAUCACAGUCUACUAUUCAAAUGAUGCAGACUUAAAGCAGCUGACAUCAAUGAACUUUCUGAAAGAAAACCUCAGAGGUCAUGACAUUCCUGACAUUAUGAUCUGUGGUAAUUACCUCAAUUCACGAUCUCCGCACAACCCCAGUCAAAUGGAAAGGCUGACACAGCAAGGGAAGAGAUGUGUUCAAAACAAACUUAGAGUGGAGAAUCUCACUUACUAAGACACAGUAAGUUAUCAUUAUCUAAUGUCAUACUGCACCCAGACUACUCUUCCACUGGAUAAAUUACUGAGGCCAGAAGUUGUAAGAGGAGUAAGUGACAAGAUCAAAAUGAAGCAUUGGAAAGUUUGUUUGAUAAAGCUGUCACAUUGUUGACAAUUGGAGAGUCAAAGUGCAAAUAUUCAAUACGUUGAUCAAAAUCAGUUUACUUGUCAACUUGGAACCUACACAGAGGAAUUUUCACCCUUAUCAUGCAUGGGAGUGUGUACAAUUUGAUUUAUCACAGCAAGCACAGCCGUUGACCUGCAACUGGUGGCAUCGAGGCCAUUUUGACAGAGUGUUUCAUUAAAGAGUGCUAGUAAAACUAGAGUCAGUAGGAAUCAGGGAAAAUUUUCUACUGGUCUUCUCCUAACUACUGUUUGCAAUUACUCAAAAUAGUGCACAAAGAAAGUUAUCACACAAGAACAAAGUAAGUUCCAGCCUGUUCUAAUUUUUUCAAUGCCUGAUUGCACAUUGUGCAAACAAUAUUAAAGGAUUCAUGUCUUCUUAUAUGACUGGUUGGCUGAUCAUAUGAUGCUCGACAUUGUCACUGUGGAAUGUUGGCACAAGUCAGGAGUGUAAUGGAAUAAUUUGUAUUUGCCUGGAUGAUUGCAGGCCCAACAAUGCUCAAGAAGCUUGACAGCUUGGAUAAAGCAGCCUGCAUAAUACACCAUAUCCAAAAACAUUCACAACCAUCUAGGAGAAAGGCAGCAGAUAAAUGGGAACACAACCACCCAUAAGUUUCCUCUCCAAGCCACACACCAUUCUGAAUUGGAAGUAUAUCACUGUUUCUACAGUAUGGUUUGGUGAAAGUUCUGGAACACCCCUGUAUUUAUAUUUUGUGUCUACCAGCAGAGAAUCGAUUGCAAAAAGAUGGCUCACCACCACUUACACAAGGGAAAUUAGGGAUGGGCAAUAAAUGCUGUUCAAGUCAACAAUAUCAAUAUCCUAAGAAUGAAUUUUAAAAAAUCACUUAAGAACCUGCUCCAUCACAGCAGACAGCAACAACACUUGGUUAAGUGUUUAAUAAUAACAAGGCUGAGAGGUGACCUUACAGAAGUUUAUAAAAUCAUGAGGAGCAUGGAUAGGGUGAAUAGUCAAGGUCAAAACCGGAGUCCAAAACCAGAGGGUAGAGGUUUAAGGUGAGAGGGGAAAGAUUUAUAAAAGGACCUAAGAGGCAACUUUUUCACACAGAGGGUAGUGAGUGCAUGGAAUGAGCUGCCAGAGAAAGUGAUGGAGGCUGGUACAAUUUUAACAUUUAAAAGGCAUCUGGAUAGGUAUAUAAAUAGGAAGGGGUCAGAGGGAUAUGGGCCAAAUACUGGAAAAUGGGACUAGAUUAAUUUUGGUUCUCUCAGCAUGGACAAGUUGCACCAAAGUGUCUCUGUUUCCAUGUUGUACAACUCUAUGACUUGUCACAGUGAAAACAUUCUAUAGAGAAAAAAUGGUGGACACUGGAAGAACAGCCAAAAACAACUCAUUAACCAAUCAGAAGGAGACUUAAAUUUUAAAAUUAUAUAUGCCAUGUGUGUACACAGACUAGAAAGAUCAUUUUUUGCUUGUGUGGUAACUUUAUGCACUAUGUAGAUAUGCAAAUAAUACUGCAUACAAUGUAUUUAGCUUUCUUUACAAAAAUGGGGGUAUUUAGAUCAGUUGGUUCAUACACUGUGAUUUACUGCAUUAUUUGAUAUUUGAUAUCACCAUGUGUAAAUAAAGCUUUGAGAGCAGCAGCCAUUUUACAUCAUGGGAACAAUCUUUAAAAUUCAAAAUGCUCCAAAUAUUUCUGGAAAAAAACAAGUUUCCUGAAGCUUGAGAAAUUGACCAGUGAAACAGAUGAUAGAGAAGGAUACAUAAAUUGGAGAUAGGAGAGGGAGAAACAGAGUGAGGUAGGCUAGUGACUCAGUAUUCAGAGUUUCUCUGUGACUCUGUGAAUGACUUCGUUCAAGGAGCGAUGCUACGCUCGAGUAUGUCAUCACAACUGGCAGAGUGACUAACAAAUCACUCAAGCCUCUCACCUGAGGUAAUAAUAUAAUUAUGACUAUGUUAAACCAUUUGUAAUUAUUUUUCUUGCUUGAAACACAAAUGAAAUAAACUUGUUGGCCAAAGUAUGUAGACUGGAGUAAUGAAUAUAACUGACUGGUGAUGCUUGAACAUCCAAAAACCUCAAGCGUAACUUGAAGAGCCACAUCAAACGAAUCCAAUUGACAAAAACUCAAUAUUCUUAUUACUCCCAGCUAAGCUAUUUAUAUGGUUGGUACCAGAUUCUGGGCUGAUGUUUAAUAAACCAGUGUUAAAGAUCACAAAACUUCAAUUUAAUCAGUGUAACUGACAUUUUAAAACCCUAAUAUGAUCAAUUUCAACCAGAUUAUUUUCAUAAAACCAACACAAACUGGCAUAAACUAUUGGCUACAACCUGUGUAUUUGUGGUGAUUGCAUAUUUGUCAAGGUAUUUUACUAAAGUAAGCAAAAACUGAAGCAAAACAAUAUAUAUGACCUAUUGAAGCUGUUUUAUUCAAGGUCGUACACUGUGAUCUGAUUGGCUUCUUCAUCAAUGCACUGUUUAAACAUCCACUAGGUGAUUUCGUAAGAUUGAAGAUAUAUUUUCAGGCUGCAUUGUUGCCCUUGA